GAAUAUAAUGCCCAUUUUCACCAGCGGUACCUAAAUGUUAAGUGUCCCCUAAGACAGUUUUAAGAAACACUUAGCGGACAUUUUGUUUUCACCAAUGCAUAAGUGUCACUUAACGUGUUAAGAGGUCCCUUAGAUUUAGGAGGCAAACUUUUGACCACCUAAAGUUUAAGUAACGGAUAUUUUAAGGUUAGCUUUUUGUAGCACAGUACGUACGUCUCAACUAAAUAUUUAAAAAUGGAUAGUGACAAUGAAUUAUUUGAGGAUUUAGAAGCAUUAGAAGCGAUAGAAUUAAUAAAUAACCCAAGGUUGUUUACACGACCUCGUAUAUAUCGUGAAAGAUCGAAAGACUUCGUGAAAUAUGAUGAUAAGGAUUUCUUCAUCAGGUAUAGAUUAUCAAAGGAAAGUGUUUUAUUUAUACUACAGAAGAUAGAAAAUCAGCUAGAAUUCAACGACGAUAGAAACAAUUCUGUACCACCAAUCAACCAAGUUCUGUGUGCCCUUAGAUUUUAUGCCACUGGGAAUCAAUUAAUGUCUGUGGCGGAUUUAAAUGGGAUCAGCGUUGCCACUUGCAGCCGAAUAGUUAAAAGAGUUUCCCAAGCCAUAGUGAGUCUUCGAAGAGAAUUCAUUAGAUUUCCUGAUACUGAAGUAGAGCAACAUAUUGUGAAAGAAGAAUUUUACAGAAUAGCUCGUUUCCCAAAUGUUCUUGGGUGUAUAGACUGUACACACAUAAAGAUUCAAUCACCAGGUGGAGAUGAUGCAGAACUCUUUAGGAAUAGGAAAUCUUACAUGUCAAUUAACAUGCAAACAAUCAGUACUGCAAAGUUAUUGAUAACUGAUGUUGUAGUACGUUGGCCUGGGUCAACACAUGAUUCCACAAUUUAUCAAAAUAGCCAGAGGUAUACUAAAUUUGAACAUGGCGAUUACCGAGGGAAUUAUUUAUUAGGAGAUAGUGGAUAUCCUUUAAAGAGCCAUCUCCUGACACCAUAUCUUAAUCCAGUUUCUCGUGGACAGCAAAAAUAUAACGAGGCUCACAUAAAAACAAGAAAUGUAGUUGAGAGGCAAUAUGGCGUUUUGAAAAGAAGAUUUCCUGUCUUAGCCGUUGGUAUUAGACUUCAAUUACCAACAGCCAUUAAUGUAAUACUGGCAUGUUGUGUUUUACAUAAUAUAUGUAUUAUUCGGAAAGAGCAUGAACCUAUAAAUGAUGGCACUAUCCCAAAUUUCUAAAUCCACGUCCUCAAU